AUGGAAGUUGAGGCAGACCCUAAACAGAGCAAAACCACAAAGUGUAAGCAAAACUUUGCAAACCCUAGCUUGCCCAAUGAACUAAUAACUGAUAUCCUUGAAAGACUUCAUGUGAAGUCCCUCUUACGGUUCAAGUGCGUUUCAAAAGAUUGGCUUUCUAUAAUCUCUAGCCCUCAAUUUGUCAACACCCAUCUUACUCUUUCUGCUAAUGAUUACUUCUGGCAUAGAUUGCUGUUGAAAUUAAACCACAAUUUUAAACAUUGUUUUGUUAGCUCUAUAUUUGAUGAGGCUGUUAUUGAGACAUUUGACUUGGAUUUUCCCAUAAAAAAUCCUGAUACUUCUUUUGAUAUUAUGGGUUCUGUUAAUGGGUUGAUUUGUCUUCUCAUUGGGUUGAAUCGCUUGGUUCUGUGGAAUCCAUCAACUAGAAAGUUCAAGCAACUGCCUGACCUUAUGCCUAAGCACACAGAUGAUUACAACUUCAAUUACGGUUUUGAAUAUGAUGAGGUUCAUGAUGAUUAUAAGGUAGUGGGUAUUUUCUGUACAUCCACUCAUGGCUAUGUCUGUGUAUAUAGUUUAAAAACUAAUUCUUGGAGAAGACUUGGUGAUAUGCGAGGAGGGUUGUUAUACAAUGGUUCGGCUAAGUUGGUGCAUGGGAAGUUUCACUGGGCAACGAUGCAUGCUGGUGGUUGGGGCGUUGGGUCUAUUGAUUUGGUUGAGGAGCGUGCUGAUGGUUGGGGCAUUACGUCUAUUGAUUUGGUUGAUGAGAAGUGUCGAAAGGUAACUCGAGAUGAUAUGUGGGUUAUGAAGGAGUAUGGGGUUAAAGAGUCUUGGAUAAAACUGUAUACCUUCAGAUAUCCUAAUGUGCUUAAGGACUAUAUGAUAUCUCCACCCCUUUGCAUGUCAAAUGAAGGUGAAAUUUUGCAUGUCGUUGGAUCAACUUUCGCGAUAUACAAUCCGGUGUAUCGUUCAUUCACAUCUCCAAAGGUUACUAACAUUGAUGGCAGUGUUGAGGCGAAACUCUACAUUGAAAGCCUAGAAGUAUUUCUCUCUGCUCUGAUAUUCCAUCUAAUUCAGUAUUUACAUCCUCAUCCUGGCAAAGUUGAACUCCUGAUAUAUGAGUUGAAGGGGUUCCAACAACUGUCAGUUCCGCGAAAUCCUUUCUAUGAUCUUCACCGUUAA